AUGAAGUAUCUAGCUCCUAAAAAGAAUAAAAGCGUUGCUCUCAAAGUGGUUGACAAAGAAGAUGUUGAACACCAAUCAGAAGAAUUCAAUGGAGAGGAAUUUGCUUAUCUUUCACGACAAUUCAAGAAGUUCACUGAGAACAAAAACACUAAAGCGAGAGUCAAGUGCUAUGGAUGCGAAGGAUAUGGACAUAUUGCCUCUGAAUGUGCCAACACACAAAAGAAGCAAAAUGGAAAAGCCAAAUCGCUGAAUGUAACCUAG